AUGGAUCCAGACGCCCCUGCCACCACUCCAGCAGAGGCGUCAGCAGCAGCAACAGAAGCGACAGUCGUGUUUCGGGGAAAGAAGCGAAAGUUAUUUAGACAGAAACCAGUCGAAGACGCCCCAACAACCCAGACGAACGAGCCAGCGGUACAGACGGAACAAGAGAGUCUACCCACCGACGAAACGCCCAAAACAGACGAAGAGGGCCUGUCCGUCGCAGAGAUCAUCAGGCAGCGAAAUGCACGAAAACAUCGAUUAAAGGGCGUCGGGUUUGGCGCGGACGAUACAUCGGCGGCAGUGGCCAACGCUGACGAUGAACUGAGCCUAAUGAUACGCGAGGAAGAGCAAAAGGCGAUGGAUUUGUCCAACGGCGGUGUCAACAGACGCUUCACUGCGCAGACGGGUCUGUCCAGCGAUUUGGUCAAUAAGCACAUGAUGGAAUUCAUAGAAUCCGAAAUAACCAAACGAAAGUCAACUGCUACGUCAGAUCAUGGCAGCAGCACUUUGCCAGCCCCAUCAUCUGAGGUUGCGACCACCACGACGGACAAGAAAUCAGAAAAUUCGAAACACGUACCUCUUCAGAGUAAAUUGCAGGAAAUUGAUCUGGGCGACGAGGUUCGAAGCAGAAACGAAGCCCUGACGGAACUUGCCAGGCGCAAGCUUCAAGGAGAGGUCAUCGAAGACGAGCAAACAGGCAGGCCCAAGAAAAUUCGACUAGGCCGCGAUGGUAAGCCAUGGAGGCCUCGCAACAGAAGAACUAGCGACGAUAUCAAACGCGACCAGCUCGUCGAAGAAAUCAUGAGGGAAAACAGACUCGAUGUGUACGAGACACCAACACCUCCAGCCGCGGCUACACCUGGUGCGGAUGACGACGGUGCUGCAGAUGAUCGUAUUGCCGAAGAGUUCAAGAGAGAGUUUAUGGAGGCAAUGGCGGAGAGGCAACAGAAAAAGAGGCCCGCUGCUACCGCCAAGAAGGAUAGUGAAGACGUCCUCAAAGGCCCCAAAUUGGGUGGCAGUCGCAAUUCAAGAGCUGCUAUGAGGGACCUGAUGUUGAAGAAAGAGAAGGAGAGCAAGAGAUGA